GUCGUCCUAGCUGUAAUAAUAACAUGAACAUUUAACAUGAAGAUUGAAGUCCCUGACCUUUACAUUUGCAACAAAGACGUCACCCCUUUUUUACAUCUCAUAUAUAAUAUUAAUAAAAACAACAACGCCCUCGCUGGUUGAAUGAAUAAACCGGCAGAGAAGCCAUGUCAGAAGGUCCACGGAACCGCCGUGAACGACGCGCAGCAACGAAAGCCGACAAGAAAAACAUGAAACCCACCGAUGACAUCCCUCUAUCCCAUCCCGACUGGGAUGCGUCCCAUCGACCAGCUAAAACGCUCUAUGACCUCGCGGAGGAGAGGCAAGCUUUGCUGGCGAAGGGGAAGCCGUUCGUAAACGCCGAAGGGACGAGUGACACGAAAAAUGGCGAUUGGGAGUUCAUGUCUGACGAUCCCCUGGGCGCCUUUGGCGAAGCCAUUUUCUACACGGCCUCCUUGUCGAUGUUACGAUUUACCCUGGACGUGCUCGUGUACAACCAGUAUCGGCAGGAGAUCGUCUGGCAGGAGAUCUGGUUCCGGAGCCUCCAAGCUUUUCCGGUCCUCCUGCUCGCGACGUACUUCUUGCAUACGCCGACCGCGAAGCGUCUCAAGAUAUUCCGGGAUCUCCUAUUUUUCGUCACGUCCGUGGCUGCCGGGGCGUUCAUGGUGCACUCGGGGAAUAAAUAUGGUUAUUUCGCUGUCAUGAAGAGGGCCCCGCCGAUUGGAACGCUCUGGGUAUGGAGCGUUGUCGAGAUGAAUGUGGGCUGGGCAGCGGGCAGUCUCCUGGUCGUUGUUGGAUAUGCAUGGUGGAAGGGUUAUGGUUUCUUCUGAACCUUAUGUGUUAGGUAUUCGCAAGGACCAUAACAGCGUUUCGAAUCGCAAGAGAUUGGAUUGAGAAAGAAGAAAGCUAAGAUGUCCCAUGCAACCAUCCCCCCAUCCGCCGCAUCAAAUGAUACCAGGCCAAUUGUCCAAUAGUCACAAAAGAAGGUAAGUUGGAACGGGAUAGGAAACUGCCUGGUAUUGUUUUCCGAUUCCACCAUUCGCUGUCCCUCGGAUGACCACUAGGCGCCUGCAUUCAUUCCCGCUAACAUCAAUCCAGAUAUCAUUAGUCGAGAG